AUGCACAUGGCUCCAAAGAAGGAGACACAGGACAAGUCCCUGACGAAACCGCUGCUCAGUUGGGAGAAUUGCUGUGACCCCUACAGCUUCGGCGCUGUUGGGAAUCAGGAGUGCUGGCUGCACUUGGCUUUGGAGGAACAACGUGACGAUUUGCAUGAGGUCGACAUGGAUGCAUACUUUGUUCGCUGCUGUCAUGCUGGAACCGGAGGGUGA